GAUUGCAAGAGUCCUUGUAAGCUUUAGAGGAAACUUAAACGUCCAAUAGAACACGAGAAUUUGGUUAAUAUAAAAUUACAAGUGUAAUCCUUGUGUACAAGUUUAUUGUUGGUAAAAAAUAAUAAGAGUUCUUGUGUUGGUGGUCCUUAGUCCUGUGCAGUCUGCAGUGGAUCCAGUCAUCAGUCAGUUCCAGUUUCCAGUAAAAUACCGAACACAGCAAGGGAAUAUAAUUUAAGAAAAAGAAAGAGACUGGGGAUUGGAGAUAAAAGUAAAAAGACAGAGACAAGUGUGGCGACAAAACUAACAAAGGCGACAUCAGUAAAUCUCGGAUCGUUAAAUAAAAAUAUUUUGUUUUUUUGUUAGUAAUUGUGAAAUUGUCAGACAUUUUCCGGCUUUUGCGGUUUCCAGUAAACGUGACUUUGUUUGGUUUAUUUGUAAAAAUGCAGGGAACUAUUAUUGAAAAUUUGAGCGGUAAAAAACUAUCAGUGCUCGUUGUUUUAUUGAUUAUUGGACAGAUUAUUUGUUUCUUAAUUGGCGGUCUUAUUGCUCCGAAACCAGCAGCUAGUCAAAAUAUUCUCAGUACAGCAUGCAAAGAUGACAGAGUAAAUGGUAGUGAGCCAGGUUUAAAUAAAUGGUAUUAUUCAAGAGGUAAAGGUGCUUGUCAAUCUGUUGAUAUGUAUCAUUAUAAUUAUGAAAGUCAGUAUCAAGCUUUCCAAGUUGUGUGGACUUUUCAAAUGCCUUUACCAAGAGAUGGUAUUAUAUUUGAUUACUCAAGAUGGCAACAAAAUUUAAUUGGAGUAUUGCAAAUAGAAUUUAUUUAUCAUAGUCAACUUCAACUCGCACCACGAACUCAAAUUUUAUUGGACGCACGAUUGGCAUAUCGUAAUAAAGGUGAUCCAGAUGACGCUUGGAAACCCUAUGCUGCAUCAAAGAUUGAAAGAAAUUUGGAAUGUAUUUUAAAUGACCAAUCAGACAGCUAUAGUUAUAAUUGCAGUAUGAUACCUCUGUUCGAAUUGGGUUCAUUGUAUCACGACUUUUAUCUACUUAACAUACGACUUCCUAUUGAUACUGAAAAAAAUAUAAACCAAGGACUUGGCCACAUUGUGGAUUUAUGGCUGACUGUAAUUAAUCAGAAUGGAGGAUUCACAAAAAUUUGGGUCAGUUUAAAAACAAUUUUCUUUCCUAUUGUUUUAUGUUUCCUUGCUUGGUACUGGAGGAGAAUACAUUUAUUGUCACGAUCGCCAGCUUUGUUGGAGUACAUGUUACUGGCACUGGGAUUAGCGCUGUCAUUUUUAAAUAUGCCAUUGGAAUACUUGACAUUGUCUUACGACAUGCCAUUUAUGUUGCUCCUGAGUGAUAUUAGACAAGGAGUUUUCUAUGCUGUACUUCUGUCAUUUUGGCUCGUUUUUGCUGGUGAACAUUUGAUGAUACAAGAUGGCGAUCAAAGAAAUAGUUUGAAAUGCUACUGGCGUCAUUUGAGUGCUGUCUUUGUUGGCUGUCUUUCAUUAUUUAUUUUCGACAUGUGCGAACGUGGUGUCCAGUUAAGAAAUCCAUUUUUUUCAAUUUGGGUCACUAAUAUAGGAACUAAAUUAGCAUUAUCAUUUAUUAUUCUCGCUGGAAUAUCUGCUGGAUUAUAUUUAUUAUUUUUAACAUACAUGAUCUGGAAAGUAUUUAUAAAUAUAAGUAUUAAAAGAGCAGCAUUGCCGAGUAUGAGUUCUGCUAGACGAUUACACUACGAAGGUGUUAUCUAUCGUUUUAAAUUUCUUAUGGUUGCUACUUUGCUCUGUGCAUCUUUGACAGUUAUUGGUUUUAUACUGGGACAGGUUGCAGAAGGUCACUGGAAAUGGGACGACGACAUAGAAUUAGAAACAACAUCAGCAUUUUUCACGGGUGUCUAUGGAAUGUGGAAUAUUUAUAUUCUCGCCCUGUUAUGUCUUUACGCACCUUCACAUAAAAAGUGGCCAGCAGAACCGUCUGAUCAAAGUUUAAGCGAAGAAAUAGAAUUUGCAAGAUUACCUACUGAACCAAAUGAAAUGUUGUCCUUGACAGCAUUCGCACGUAAGACUGCGACUGAAUAAAUAAAAAAAUUUAAAAAAAACGAAUUUAAUUGCCAUGACGAAGUAUUUAAUAGAAAACAACUUGAUCAAGAAAUAUUUAAAAGAAACAAACAAAAAAGUAUUUGUAGAAUGAUAGUUUAAACUAGAAAACGGAUAAUGCACAAAUAUGUGACUGAUAUUUUUCAUUUCUCAUAAUUUUUUUUUUAUCUAUUGAUUAACAGUGAUAUUAUUUAAUACUAUAGAAUA